AUUUGGAUUGUACGUUUUGAUUGGUGACUCACGUAAUUCAUAUAUUUAUUUUGUAAGGAAAGAUAUUAUUUUAAUUGAAAAUUAUAUUGAAUUUAAACGUUCCAUACAAAGAAGUUUAUUUAAUAUUGUAUGGGGUUAACAACAUUUGGAUUAUGGACACCCAUAUUAGGUAUUGAUCCUGUCUUUGCAUACCAGGUGUCCUGAAAACAUAUUGCUGUAACUGAAACUAUAUGUUAAACUCUAAGUUUUCUAUGAAAAAAAAAGAAAAUGGAAUGAAAAUUGACGAUUUGGAGCAUUAAUUAUGUUAAGAAAUAUUUUGAUAAGUUGUAAGAAGGUUAUUACAUGAUAUUGAGAUGGCAGUCACAAUCAAAUUUACUGUUUACCCGUUACUAAGCAACGUUUCGAUGUAAAUGUUAAAUGAAUGUACAUACAUACGCAAAAACUCGAAAUGAUUAAGUAUAGCUACUAUAUAUGUAUAUUCAUAUUUUUUUGACAAAUUUAAAUCAUUUUACUAUAAAUAUGUCCACCCUAGACAUUGAUUUUAUUAAAGGGUAUGCACAACGUAUAGAAAAUCAAACAGAAGAAAAUCUGAGUCUUUGUUAUUCAUAUCCAACUAUACAUCAAGAUCAAGGAACUAAAGUUCUUACCACUGACAAUGGAAGUCUGCAAAAAUUAAAUCAAGAAACGAAUUUAGUUGAAGAUGGAUUGUAUGCAUCUGACAGUCCUUUUAUUUACAAUGAUAUUAAAUCUUCUGAGUUUAGCAACAUGAAAAUGUUAGAAUAUGAAUCAAACCAUAAGUUUCAUGGGAAGCUUUUAGAAAUUGUAAUUCGUGAUGUUAACAUUAAUACAUUAAGGGAUCAGUCAGUUACAAUUGAAAUUACAUCUGUCUGUUUAUUAUUUAAGAAAAAGAUUAUAUGUAAAGCAAAUAGCCCCUUUAAUAGAAAAUUGCAUAAAUUGUUAAUCAGAAAUAUGGAAUGUAAUAAUCUUUCGAUACAAGUACUAACUAAAGGUGGGCAAUCAAGUAUAUUACCAUUACCAUUACCAAAGCGUAAUGUUGAAAAUAAUAAAGUAGAAAUUGAUUUUGCGAUAAGUGACAAUUUAGGUAAAAUACAUGCUGGAACAGUAAUAUGCACAGUCACAGUAAAGAACUAUGGUGAACAAAAAGAAGAACCAUGCACAUUCCAAUUGUAUAAAUUAAGUAAUGAUCCAAAUGAUCCUCAGAAUAGUUUGUCUUUACUUAGACCACCCAAAAGUCUUUGUAAGAAACAAGUAAAGUAUUUUUUAUUGGAAGAUCCAGCAUUAACAUUCAAUGUAGAUUCAGAAGUAACUGUUUCUAAAAGAGUCCAAGAAGAAAAUGUGAAGCCACCGGAUAUAGUUGUAACAGAACAACCUGCACUUUCUUUACUUGAUAUGUCAUUCAGAAAUUUGUUUCAAAUUAAGCAUCCAUUAGAAUCAUCAUCAGGAACCCGUAGACAUCAUACAAUAGGAAAAACAGUUUUAGCUGUUACUAUUUUAAGAGGAAUAGAAAUACCAAUUAGAGAAGAGUCUGCAUUGGUUCAACCAUUUAUAGAAGUUGAAUGGGGUGAUACAAUUCAUGCAACAUCAAUAGCAGAGGGCCCAGCACCUGUAUGGCAGCAAACAGUACAGUUUGAAUUACCAAGACAGAGUGGUGAAUAUUGUAUAAAAUUUCGUUUGUAUGAUCAACAUCCUGUUUGGGGUCAACAAUGGCUAGGUGAAACUAGAAUUCCCCUUGAAUAUCAUAGAAAUUAUCAGGAACUUGAAAGAUGGAUUACAUUGUCACCUUUAUUCAGCCCAGUGUUACUUUUUGGCUAUAUACAAGCUAGUCCUGGUCAAUCCUGUACUAGAAUUUAUGUUUUAAUUAAAAUGGAGCAUCCCAAUACUCCUAAAUCCACUGAAAGUACAACUACAAAUACAUUGCUGAAAGGAAUUCAGCGUUGUCUUGUUACAUCGUACAAAAUUAGUGGCCUAGAAAAUCCAAAAGAUGCUGCAAAAAUAGUGAUGUUGUUACCAUCGUUACCGGCUCAUUACGGACCAAUUACACCGCGUCAAGCAUUAAACAUAAAGAAAGUAGAUCACUAUGGAAGAGCAGCAUUACUAGCAGCAUUAUUACAAAGCUUUGAUCUACAAACAUAUGUUUUAUUAGGUUCAUCACAAAUAAGUAAAUUGACUGCAUUUGUUCUGAGUAUCAGUAAUAAUGGAAUAUAUGUAUUAUGGGAUCCAGAAACGGGAAAUUAUCAUAAACUGGAUGAUAGUCAUUGUCCUUUAAUGAAGGUGUCUCGUCUAAUUAAUUAUUUUGGUAUAUGGGAAAAUUUGCAAAAAUCCAUUUUACCUCAUAAUCUUAAGUAUGACGUGAAAUCAAGUAAAGACUGGCGAUCCGUUGAUACUACCACUUUGGUAAAAACUGAUCAUAAUGUACAAACACUUGAAUUACACAUUACCGAUGAAGAAGUUAAGCAAAUUAAAAAGACUGCUAUAGAUAUAGAACAAUGUUUAAAGGAUAAAUUGGCUGAUUGGCGAAGUAAUAUUGGCUUAACAACAAUAUUUAAUCGACAUGCAACUGCUGUUGUAAGAAAUUCCAUAUCUAAGAUAGAACCAUUUUCCGAGAUACAAUUAGGUAAAAAAGAUUUAAAACAAUUAUAUAGAGCUUAUCAUAUUCACGGUUUUGUAUUAAACAAACGCGAAUGUCAUGUAGAUGAGUUGUGUAAAGAUUUAUAUGCAACAAAGAUUCAUAAUAUUAGUGGACCAGUUGAAUUUGCUGUUGUAUGUCAUGUACAAUGUUAUGCUGGCAAAAUCUCUUCAAUCUGGUUAGCCAUUAUAAUUCUUAGAAGUCAUGACUGAAUUAUUUGUCAGUAUGAUUCUAUACUAGACAGAAUGAAAUAUUUUUUUUUGAUUAUAUUUAUUUGUAUAUUUCUUAAACUUAAUGGUACAAUGCAUGUAAAACAUGUUAAAUAGUUACAUUUGAUCACAUAGAAAAUUUGCAAAAGCUAUUGCUUCUAAUACAAAUUACUAAAUAUGUAUUAUGAACAUUUCAUAUACAAAAUGGUAUGUGACAAAAGAUUGCAUAAAAAGUGUAAUUGAUCAAUGUUUUUUAAAAUAUUAUAUAAAAUCGCAAUUUUUUGUCAAUAAUACAUUAUCAAAUGUUUUAGAAGUCAGUAUAUUAAAAAUUGUAUAAGGUUUCAGUAGAUAAGCUAGUCAAGACUACUAACAGUCAUAUGGUAUACCAAACUGUGAAAUUAGAAAUUCAUAAUACAAACGUAUUUUUAAUAGAUAUUUUGUAUCAAAAUUGUUUGUUGUUUUUUAAAAUAUCGUGUUCUUGGUAUUAUACUUUCAAACAGAAUUAGAUACAAAAAACAAAUAUGUUUGUAUUGAAUGAAUUUUUAAUUUGAUUUUAAUACAUACAUAUAUUAUAAUUGCAAUAUACAAUAUACUUUUAUCAAAUUUUCUGUUUUAUUAUUACAUACUAUUUUGUAUUUUUGUUAUUUCAGUGGAAAUGUUUGAUGAACAGAUGUUAUUGGAGAUAAACAAUACAUUUUUUUUUGACAUUUUUACAUUGCACAGCAAUGAUGUUUUUAUAACAAU